AUGUCGAAGGGUUAUAGGUCUACUAGGUCGAGCGAAAAUGCCGUUGAGUCGUUUGAACAUGUUGUCAUGAAAGGAUUGGCACCUGAUGGUGGUUUAUAUAUUCCGUCGGUGAUUCCUCAAGUGUCGGAAGGGAUUUUAUUUGAGGAAUGGUCCAAGUUAUCUUUCGAAGAACUGGCUUUGGAAAUUAUGAAGUUAUAUAUAUCUGAUUCUGAAAUUCCUGAAACAGAUUUGAGCGGAUUGAUUGAAAAGUCGUAUGCAACUUUUCGUUCCAAGGAGAUUACUCCUCUGAUGAAGAAUGUUACUGGUGCACACGAGAAUUUGCAUGUUUUAGAACUAUUUCAUGGACCAACGUAUGCUUUCAAAGAUGUUGCUCUACAGUUUGUUGGUAAUUUGUUUGAAUAUUUUUUGCAAAGAACCAACAAACACUUGCCUGUUGGUCAGAGAAAGCAAUUAACAGUUGUUGGUGCUACUUCCGGUGACACCGGUUCUGCGGCUAUUUAUGGUCUGAAAGGAAAGAAGGAUGUUUCGGUAUUCAUUCUUUACCCUACUGGUAGAAUAUCAGCUAUACAAGAAGAGCAAAUGACUACCGUUCAUGAUAAAAACGUGCAAACCUUGUCAGUUAAGGGUACAUUUGACAACUGUCAAGACAUUGUCAAGGGUAUUUUUGGUGAUCAAGAGUUUACCAAGAAAUAUCAUGUUGCUGCUGUCAACUCGAUUAACUGGGCUAGAAUCUUGGCUCAAAUUACUUACUACUUUUAUGCUUACUUCCAGACUUUCUCGGGGAAAGGAGAAAAGGUCAAGUUUGUUGUUCCAUCUGGAAACUUUGGUGAUAUUUUGGCUGGUUACUUUGCCAAGAAGAUGGGGUUGCCUAUCGAAAAGCUUGUAAUUGCAACUAAUGAGAACGACAUAUUAGACAGAUUCUUGUCUUGUGGAAUAUAUGAAAGAUCUGAUGACGUUGCAGCAACGUUAUCACCAGCCAUGGACAUUUUGAUUUCUUCUAAUUUUGAAAGAUUAUUGUGGUAUUUGGUUCGCGAUCACAUUUCUAGUGGAGAUGAUAUUGAAGCUGGUAAAGUUUUAAAUACAUGGUUCCAACAAUUAAAGGUCAACGGUAGGUUUGAAGUUAAUUCAGACGUCCUACAGGGGGCCAGAAAAGACUUUGCUUCUGCCAGGGUAUCAAACUCCGAAACUAUUGAUACCAUAAGGGCUAUUUAUACCCGUUCGGAGAACCCAAAGAAGUACAUUGUGGAUCCUCAUACUGCUGUCGGAAUUUGUGCCACUCGCAGACACAUUGAAAUGGACAAGGACGAUACUAUUCAGUACAUAUCAUUAUCUACAGCCCAUCCAGCAAAAUUCGCCAAUGCUGUAGAUGAGGCUCUCUCCAUCUUCGAAGGCUACUCUUUUGAAAACGACGUUCUGCCAGAAGAAUUGAAGAAGUUAUCGGUCUUGGAUAAAAAGUUAAGGCUAGUUGAGAAGGCCGAUCUAGAAGAAAUCAAAAAGGUCAUCGAAGAGGAACUAGCUAAUAUGGACCUAUAA